UCCCGGCUCAAGGUUCACAAUCCAGCAGUUGUCACAGAGAACGCAGAAUGACAGACAAAGAAGAUUUACAGUUGACAACCAUCUCGUGUGGGAAAGAACAAGGGAUGGACAAUCCAGCAUUUGUUAAGGAUGAUAUAUUAACAGAUGACCCUAGUGACAGUGACAAAGAGGAGUCAGAGAAAGAGUCAAAUUCAUGCAUAAGCAAAGCAUGCAUACCCAUCACGGCCACAGAGACCUUCUGCAAGACGCACUCCAAAAUAAUCAAAUACAUUGCUUUGGGAAUACUUGCUGCAGGCUUUUUAGCAUACUUCAUUGCUGCAGUUUAUCUGGACUUCCAGAGGGCGAUUGCUUUGGUUGUCCUCACGUGUCUGGGAGUGUUUAUCAUCGUGUGUGAACUGGUGAAUAAGUACAAGGGUGACAGCAUAAGGAGAUUUUUCAAGCCUGCACAAAGGUGUUUCAGAUCCAAUAUCAGAUGGCUAAAAUGGGUGUUUAUAGUAAUUGUGGUGGGACUGUUGGUGGCGUGGCUGGCAAUCGACACACGAAAGCGUCCAGAGCAGCUCAUUUCUUUCGCCGGUGUCUGUCUAUUCAUUAUUGCCAUCUUUCUCUUCUCUGCACACAGAACUGCAGUGAGCUGGAGGACAGUCUUCUGGGGACUCGGUUUACAGUUUGCCAUUGGCCUGUUUGUCAUUAGGACAGAGCCUGGUCUCAUAGCAUUCGAAUGGCUUGGAAAGCAAGUUCAGAUAUUCCUGGACUACACAAAAGCUGGUUCACAGUUUGUGUUUGGAAACCUCAUUGAGAACAUAUUUGCUUUCCAGGCUCUGCCUAUAGUGGUGUUCUUCAGCAGUGUGAUGUCAGUGCUCUAUUACCUGGGUGUCAUGCAGUGGGUCAUCACAAAGAUUUCCUGGGUAAUGCAGGUAACGAUGGGAACCUCCUCUACAGAGACACUAAGUGUGGCAGGGAACAUAUUUGUUGGUCAGACAGAGGCGCCUCUCCUGAUUCGUCCUUAUUUGAAGGACAUGACCAAAUCUGAGAUUCAUGCUGUCAUGACUGGAGGAUUUGCCACCAUUGCUGGGAGUGUUAUGGGUGCAUUCAUCUCAUUUGGGAUUGAUGCCUCAUCUCUGAUUUCUGCAUCAGUGAUGGCUGCUCCAUGUGCUUUAGCCAUCUCCAAACUGUCCUACCCUGAAACUGAAAAGAGCAAGUUCACAUCUAAGAGUCAGAUCAAAGUUGACAGUGGUGGUGAACAGAAUGUCUUGGAAGCUGUCAGCGGUGGUGCAUCUGCAUCAAUAGGACUUGUGGCCAACAUUGCUGCUAAUUUAAUUGCUUUCCUCGCCAUUUUGGACUUCAUAAAUGCUACUCUCAGAUGGAUGGGAGGCAUGGUGGGAUACCCAGAUGUCACUUUUGAGAUGAUCUGCUCCUAUGUGUUUAUGCCGGUGGCCUUCAUGAUGGGAAUUCCUUACGAGGAGUCCUUUACAGUGGCUGAACUUAUUGGCACUAAACUCUUCCUCAAUGAGUUUAUAGCCUAUGAGAAGCUGUCAGAGCUCAAAAACAACAGACUUAAUGGCACUUUAGAACAUGGUGGCGAUUUAAAAUGGCUCUCAGUUCGAUCAGAAAUCAUCUGCACCUAUGCACUGUGUGGCUUUGCUAAUUUCAGCUCUCUUGGUAUUGUGAUCGGAGGCCUGUCCUCUAUUUGUCCGCAAAAGAAGAGCGUCAUAUCUUCUUUAGUGCUCAGAGCCUUGUUCACAGGCACAUGUGUUUCCCUGAUAAAUGCCUGUAUUGCUGGUCUACUUUUCGUCCCUCCGUUGGACUGUGUGAACGUGUUUCAAAAUGCAGUCUUCAAUACAUCUACUCCCAACAUUGAACAUUGCUGUAAAGAUCUUUUUCAAAGCACUAUCAACAAUGGAACAUUCGAGGGGUCAUGGAGUGGAGUGAAAAAUGCAACAAUUUAUUUAGCAAACUGUUGUGGCCUCUUUCACGAAUCCGUUUGCAUGUAGUUUGGCGAAUAGGUAACGAUACAACAAUGCAGAUAACACCUCUGAACUAAACAUAAUGGCAUUAUUUAUUAAAUUCACACAUUUUAAAUGUAUGUUAAGUAAAUAUGUUUAUGCUGAGUAUAUCUGAUUUUAUUUGGUUAUUUAGCUAUUCAUACAUAAUUUCUUUAUUGUUGCAACACAGUUUGUUAGCACGAUGCAAAAGUAUUUUUAUGUUCUGUAAAUUCUGUACAUUUAAUUCAAUUUGUGUUGUUCUGUCUUGUGUGAAUGCUAUAAUCAGUUUUGGAAUUUGCAUCCAUUGAUGUGACAGAUUUUAAGACAUUUUAUUCUGGUGGUUAUGCUGGAAUUGCAGUGAAAGGGUCUCUUUGGUCAGGCAGGCAGUUUUUAAGAUAUGAAGGACUGGAAUCUGCCUUUGUAUGGUAAAAUGAGCCAAAUAAGUAUCUGCUGUUAUUUACACAUUUAUUUUACAAAAACAUAUAACACAACACAACACAACAAAAACACCUAAAAUGUUUAUCCCUACCAACAUACUGUAUCCUGCUAAUGUUAUCUCACUAAUACACUACAAUCCAUAUAGUAUAAACCCCUACACAGACCUAUGCCAUAUAUUAUCUUACCAUUUCUGACCACUAUCUGUAGACACCUUUCAUCUAAACAAGUAUUUCUUGGAUAUUUUAUGAGUUUUUGCUGUUAGCAGCACCCACCAUUUCUGCUAAAUAAUGGUCACUAAGUAUUGUGGAUGGUGUAAAGGGUUAGACAGCUACAUUUAUUUAUUUUGCUUAUUUUUAAUUAACAUACAUUUAAAAAAAAGUCAAAACCUGUAAACACUGAGCAUUCAAAGGUUUGGGGAUAAGUGAGAUUCUUGAAUGUUUUUGAAAGAUAUCUCUUAUGCUGACAUUGGCUUUAUUUAAUCAAGAAUGCAAGAAAAACAGUUAUAUUGUGAAAAUGGUAAAAUAACAUUUUUUUUUCUAUUUUAAUAUGUAUUAAAAUGUCUUCCCAUGAUGUCAAAGCUGAAUUUUGUGCUGCUUAAUAUUU